UAUAUAUCUGAUUGUGUGUGUUCAUAAUAUUAGAUUUGACUGGUGGUCGGAACUGAUGCAGCCGUUUUCACUGAUGUAAUGUUGCAUUCCUUGAAAGUCUGUAGUUUCUACUUUCUACUGAUGUAAUGUUGAUUUGGUUGCAUUUUGUAUCUAAGAAUUGUGAAGCAGCAAUUUUUACGUCAUUGGUUUAGAUGUGAUGAUCAGUCUUACCUGAUUCAGAGCAAAUAGAUUUGACAGCAAUAUGAUAUAUGUUGGACAUAAAAGAUGCAUAAAAAAACCUAAAUGCAGAGCAAGAAUAAAAGGAAGAUAGGAAGAGUUAAAAAAUAAUUCUAUAUGGGGAUAUAAGUAGGAAGAGAACUUGGUUGCACUUUUUGUGCAUUAAUCUUUUCCAUGCAUAUUGCUAGUGCAGCAGUUUUUUCCAAAUUCCGAUCAUCUCUUAACAACAUAGCUGAUUGAAUAUCAUACUUCAUAGUCUUCUGGUUACUCUUGAAAUAAGAUAUGUUUGCAAAUUAAUCUCAGUAAUAUGAAACUUGGACCUUUUAGCAUUCUUUGUUUCACUAGGUCAUGAUGACAUCAACCAAAAUUCAACAGAAAAAUAAUUGUUAAUUGAAGGACCAAUUUUUUCGAUGCCUAAGUCUGAAAUUACUUCAGCCACCUCUUAGUAUUUUUUUUCCUAGGAAUAACUAAGAUAAAUUUGAGUUGGUUCUUACAAUUUGUAACUAAGCAUACCUUUAUAGCAAGUCGAUGGCAGACAUGAAAGAAAAUGUUAGCCGGUCAAUCAAAAUUCAACAGAAAAAUAAAUAUUACUCGAAGGACCAAUUUUUUCUGUGCCUCAAAGUCUGAAAUUACUUCAGCCACCUCCUAAUAUUGUUUUCCUAGGAUAACUGAAAUAAAUUUUAGUUGGUUCUUACAAUAUGUAACUAAGCAUACCUGUAUAGCAAGUUGAUGGCAGACAUGAAAGAAAAUGCUAGCUGAUUGAUCAUGUAUGUCUCAACCAUGGUCUUAAUUACUUAAAUUAGAAGACAAAUGUAGAUGGCAAGAUGCUGCGAGCAAGGAUUUUGUUGAGGUCAGAGUCUUGGCCGUCAGUCCAACAUUAGAAACUACCAUGUUUUUGGUGAAUGUGUUGCAAUGGUGAAAAAUCUGAAAAAAGAGAGAAAAAUAAUUUUACAAUUACAAGCAAUUUAAACUUUAAACAUAAGGCAUGUUGGUAUUUAGUUCUAAUGCCUUUCACCUUGUUUUUAGGCUAAGAAGCAGCGUUAGAAGUAGAACUGAAUUAAAAGUCGGUGUGAUGUGUCUUGGGCGGAAGGUGUUAUGGCUGUAUUGUCCAGCUGGAGAAGAGAUUAGGUGGGUGUUUGUUGUUGUCUUGUUUGAUAGUUCAGUCUACCCGAGUGUUACUGAUAGAAACAAGCAUGCCACUCAUUCCUACUAUUAAACCCUUGAGGCUUUUUGUGGGUCAGACUGGUGUUUUAACUUAUAAGUGAGCUGACUGGACUGGAGACAAAAUUUUGUAGCUAGAUAGCAUUUGAUAGUGUGUUCUCUUUUGUGAUGUAAUAGGAAGAGCCUUGUGUUUUUUGUUGAACUAGAUUGUGUUUCUUGUCUGUUUGAUGGAGAGCAUUCUUAUUGUGGCCUUAUUAUGACUUGGGGUACAUGCAUUUGCAGGACAUGAAGGGAUGCCUUUGCUCUUGCCAUAUUAGAAUGACCUCACUUUGUUUAUUUACUAAUGAUGAUUUAGUUGUUGCAUAUUGUGACCAUAGUUGAAGUAAGCAACAUUUAUUGACAACGAAUUAGUUCAAUCCGAAACUUGAGAUAAAGAAUGUAGGCUAAAAAACUGAUUCGCUGAUGAUUGUUAAUUAAGUUGAAGUUCCAAUAUCAUAAGGGGCUGGUACCAAUCUAUGUCAUGUUUUCAUUAGGAAUUUAAGUCCAAGUGGCUAGGUGGUACACUUUUAAACUGGAAGAGUUUAGGUGACUUGUGAAUAGAGACAUAAGUUGUCAGUAACUGUUGGCUUGUUGGAAAAAAUUAGAGCUUAUGUGGUUCACACGGGAACAUUAGGGGUUGCACACAUGAGAAUAUAAUGGUAUUGACUUUUAGCUUUAUCAACCUGAAGAUCAAGAAAUGGUUCCUUGUUAUCAAAGAAAGGUAGAUUUGGUUGCCACCUACAUGGUUAUUUGUUUGAAUUUGGCCAGUGACAUGAUUUUUGUUAAAAAAGAAGUAUAUUCAAGUUUAAGCUAAUUUGGGAACUUCAUUAUAUGUACUUGUAUAAAGCAUUGAUGGAAGAUAUAAUAGACCUCAGAUUUACAGAAAAAUAGUCUUUGAUGAGUAUAUUUAUUUUAGUAUUAAUUCCUUCAAUUUGGAUAUUACUAGCUAUGCUCGUAAUUCUAUCCAAGUAACUAAAACAAUUAUUAGUCUUGUGGUCAUAGAAUCACAAAUUUGUUUGAUCUUCACCUUGAAAAAUUUAGUUUAGUACUAUCAUAUCUUUGGGACUUUAUGAUUUUGUUGUUGUUGUUAUUGCUAUACCAUUAUAUCUUGGUGGGCAAGCUUUGACGUCACAGAUUGCUUGCUUCUUUAUGACCUGAGUGUCAAGGAUUUGAUAUGUGGAAGCUUGAUAUAUGGAAGCAGCCUCCUUGCUGGCACCUUUAACUGAUGCGGAAGUUGAAGAACUUGUUGCUGAGUUUCUUGAAAUUGAGAGCAAGGCAGCUGAGGCACAAGAAUCACUUGAACAAGAAUCACUUGCCCAAGUGGAACGUGAAGUAAGAUCUGAGCUUGCUGAGAGUCUCCAUGGGGAUGCGUUGGAAUUAGCUGUAUCAAAUGAAAUGAAAGUACUCGUAGAAGAAUGGGAGGAUGUUCUUGAUAAUUUAGAGACUCAGAGUGCUCUACUAUUGGAACAACUUGAUGGAGCAGGAAUUGAGCUCCCUAGUCUUUACAAAUGGAUAGAAAGUCAAGUUCCUGGUGGAUGUCGUACCGAAGCUUGGAAAACAAGGGCUCACUGGGUGGGUUCUGUUGCAACUAGUGAACUUAACCAAUCUGUUAAAGAUGCUGAACAGUACCUUCAAUCCUGUCACCCCGUAAGGAGGAAACAUGGUCGUCUGCAUGAGAGCGGCUCUAGUGGCUAUUUAGCCAAAAAUCUUUCUGUCAAAGAUGGUGACAAUCUCAUCAAAAAUUCUGAAAAAGAUUGGCAGAUAUUUGAUGAGAUUAUUCAUUCUGGUCGAUUCUCAGACAGUAACUCAUUUGGUAGCAAUAACUGGGCGGCCGUUUACAUGGCUAGUACUCCCCAACAAGCUGCAAAUUUGGGUCUCCAUUUGCCUGGAGUUAACGAGGUAGAGGAGAUUGGUGAAAUUGAAGGGAAUUCUUUCUAUGACGAGGCAACCCAAAAUGAGAAAGAGAUUGGAUUGUCUGAGGAACAAAAGAGAAACUAUAGAAAGGUGAGAGAGGAGGAUGAUGUGAAGAUUACAAAGAAACUGCAGUGUCGUUUGAAACAGAGGAGAAAGAGGAAAAGAAAAUAUCAGGAACUUGUUGAGAAUGACGUAUUGGAUGGUGUGGCACAAUUAAACGAGUCUCAGUUAAUUUUUAGAGACCCAAGCUCAUCUGGUGCUGAUGUUGAUCAUCCUGUUGCUGUUGCUGAAGACUUGAAGCCUGAAAUUCCUAACAAACCUAAGAAUGAAAUUCCAAUUCAAAAUGACACAAUCAAGAGGUCAUGUGAAAGCGAGGAUGUUGAACUUGACAAUAAAAGGCAUCGGACAGUCAUCAUAGAGAGUGACGAUGAAGUGCAAGUGAUUGAUGAUAAGUCACCAUCACAUGAUUUAAUCAGAGAUCAAUGUUUGACAGCUCAAGUUAGAGAAGUUGUUGAUGUUAUAGAUAGUGAUGUCCUUUCUUCACCUACUCCAGCUAAUAAUGACAGCCUUAUGGACAUUCCUGAGAAGUUUCAUUGUACUGCUUGUUCUGAAGUGCUGAAAGCUUCUGAAGUGCAAAGACAUCCAACUCUGGAAGUUAUUGUGUGUACAAAAUGUAAUCUUCUGAUAGAAGAGAAAAUGAGAAUAGAGGAUCCUGAUUUAGGUGUCUACUGCAGAUGGUGUGGUAAGUGUGAUGACCUAAUAAGGUGUAAAUCAUGUAAGAUGCUAUUCUGUGCUAUGUGUAUAGCAAGAAAUUUUGGUGAAACACGGUUUUUGGAUGUUGAAACAAAUGGUUGGGACUGCUGUUGCUGCUCACCAGUUCUGUUGCAUCAGUUUAUUUCAGAAUGUGAAAAAGCUCUUAAGGGGUUCAUGGUUUCUAGCUCAGAGAGUGAAUCAGAGCUUUCAGAUGGUCAAAUGGUUGUCAGACUUGGCCACAAAAAAAGACGAAAGAAGAGGAUUAGGAGAAUUAUAGAUGAUACAGAACUUGGUGAAGAAACCAGGAGAAAAAUUGCAAUGGAGAAGGCUAGGCAGGAGCAUCUUAAAUCAAUGCAAGCACAAUCUGUUGGUAAAUUUUGUAAUACCAGAAGUAAUGAAAGUGUAGGGGAAGUUUCAUUGGAUGAUGCAAUUGAAGGUUAUAUAGUCAAUAUUGCAAGGGAGAAGGAUGAGGAGCCUGUGAGAAUCCCACAGAGCAUUUCUGCAAAGUUGAAGCCCCACCAGAUCGCUGGGAUACGAUUUAUGUGGGAAAACAUUAUACAGUCUGUCAAAAAGGUCAAAUCUGGGGAUAUAGGUCUUGGAUGCAUUUUAGCUCACACAAUGGGCCUUGGGAAAACUUUUCAGGUUAUUGCAUUUUUGUACACUGCUAUGAGAAAAAUUGAUCUAGGUUUAAGAACAGCUCUUAUUGUUACACCUGUUAACGUGCUUCAUAACUGGCGACAAGAAUUUGUGAAGUGGCGACCAACGGAGUUAAAGUCUCUUCGUGUGUUCAUGUUGGAAGAUGUUGCAAGGGAAAGAAGAGCAGAUUUACUUUCAAAAUGGAGAGUCAAGGGUGGAAUUUUUCUAAUAGGGUAUGCUGCUUUCCGGAACUUGUCCCUUGGAAGGCAUGUGAAGGAUAGGAGUACAGCCAGUGAAAUUUGUCAUGCCUUACAUUAUGUGCCUGACAUUCUAGUCUGUGAUGAGGCCCACAUGAUUAAAAAUACAAGGGCUGAUAUAACACAAGCAUUAAAACAAGUAAAGACACAAAGAAGAAUUGCCUUGACAGGAUCACCUUUGCAGAACAAUUUGAUGGAAUAUUAUUGUAUGGUUGAUUUUGUAAGGGAAGGAUAUCUUGGGAGCAGUCAUGAAUUCCGUAAUCGGUUCCAGAAUCCAAUAGAAAAUGGUCAGCACACUAAUUCUACCAUUGAUGAUGUGAGAAUUAUGAAUCAAAGAUCACACAUUCUGUAUGAACAACUAAAAGGAUUUGUCCAGCGAAUGGACAUGAAUGUUGUGAAGAAGGAUCUCCCUCCUAAAACAGUUUUUGUUAUUACCGUUAAACUUUCUCCUUUGCAAAGAAAAUUGUAUAGAAAGUUCUUAGAUGUACACGGUUUUACGGGAGAUAAAAUUUCUUCUGAAAGAACAAUUAGACCACGGUGUUUCUUUGCUAACUAUCAAGCAUUGGCUCAGGUAUGGAACCAUCCUGGUCUUUUGCAAGUGGCUAAAGAACACAGGGAUUACUUACGGCAAGAAGAUGCUGUUGAGAACUUCUUGGUGGAAGAUGGCUCAAGUGAUGAUAAUAUGGAAAAUGACUUCUCAAAUGGAGAGAAACAAAAGGCAAAGGAUGAUAUAUUUUACAAGAGAAAUGAUGGAGUCUUUUACCAUCAGGAAACUGAUUGGUGGACAGAUCUUCUUGGUGAAAAGAUUUACCAAGAAGUUGAUUACAGUGGUAAAAUGGUUUUGCUACUUGAUAUCCUCACCAUGAGUUCUGAAGUAGGUGACAAGGUAUUAGUUUUCAGCCAAAGCUUGACAACACUAGAUUUAAUAGAGAUGUUUCUGUCAAAACUGCCACGCAAAGAAAGUGAAGGCAAGUUCUGGAAGCAAGGCAAGGAUUGGUAUAGGCUGGAUGGUAGUACACAGAGUUCUGAAAGGCAGAAGCUGGUAGAGAGAUUUAACGAACCCACAAAUAAGCGAGUGAAAUGCACCUUGAUAUCUACACGUGCUGGGUCACUGGGCAUUAACCUUUAUGCUGCUAAUCGUGUUAUUGUUGUUGAUGGUUCAUGGAAUCCAACCUAUGACCUGCAGGCAAUAUAUCGGGUUUGGAGGUAUGGGCAAACCAAACCUGUCUAUGCUUACCGCUUGAUGGCACAUGGAACCAUGGAAGAAAAGAUAUAUAAGCGGCAGGUUACUAAGGAAGGACUUGCAGCAAGGGUGGUGGACAGACAACAAAUACAUAGAACAAUGUCCAAGGAGGAGAUACUGCACCUCUUUGACUUUGGUGAUGAUGAAAAUGCAGACAUGCUUGAGCAGGACCAUAGAAAUCCAAUGACAUCUAGUCAUGAUGAAACCAAUGAGGUUGGCUGUUUGGGGAAUCACGAAUGCCUGCCUUUUAACACCGCUGACAAGCUCAUGGAAAACUUACUUAGAAGACAUUAUCCUCGCUGGAUUGCGAAUUACCACGAACACGAAACCCUUUUACAGGAGAAUGAGGCAGAGAGAUUAUCCAAAGAGGAACAAGACAUGGCCUGGCAAACUUAUCGGAGAUCGUUGGAGUGGGAGGAAGUUCACAGAACCACACUUGAUGGCGGUGAUCGAGUUGCUAACAGUAAUACGCCGCCAGAAAUCAUUGUUUCCCAACAAACCAAGGGCAGUUCAAGGAGCCGCCCUGUCAAGCAGAGGAAAUGCACCAACCUAGCCCACUUGCUAACUUUGAGAAGCCAGGGCAUCAAGCCCGGAUUCAGCACGGUCUGUGGAGAAUGCUCGCAAGAGAUCAGCUGGGAGAACCUCAAUCGAGACGGGAGAUCCAGAUGACAAACAUCAUUGACCAUUCAUACGUGUGUUCUUUCUGACCUGUUCAUUUUGUAAAUUCAGCACUGCAUAUAGAGGUGGAAUAUCAGAGGACACGCAAAACAUUAUUAGAUGAACAUCAACCUUCUUUUCGAUGUUGUUGUGUAACAUGGUUCAUGUAUAGGACGAAGGGGUUUCUUGUCUAGGUCAGUUGGCCGAGGUCUGAUGCCUACUAUUCUCUAUUUUGAUUCUUCACGAUUAAAGACUUCCCAACUAUGGAUCCGAUCAGAUUAGAAAGGUCUCAACAUUCCAUAGUUGUUUGUAAGUUAGUUUGGAUCAACUACUUGUCAAAUAGUUUGCAUGGCAAUGAUGGCCAAAUUUGAGCAUGCUUUCCCAUCCAA